UAUAUACUACUUAUUUUAUGUGUCGGUGCUCUAAACGGUGCUAAACGUAGAGUCCGUCAAACACCGAAUUAUGAGUUUGACCCAAAAAAGACAUACGAUUUUACCGAUAAAGUUGUAUUGACUACCGGUUCGAGCAGUGGUAUCGGCGCUGGAAUUGUCAAAUUGUUUGCCCAAUUGGGUGCCAAUGUAGUGGUCACCGGUAGAAAUGCUACGGAAAUACAACAAGUGGCCAAUGAGUGCGAAAAUCUAUCGCCAAAAAAACUGAAGCCGUUACAAGUGGUGGCCGAUGUGUCCGAUGACAAACAAUUGACUGAUUUGCUAAAGAAAACAAUCGAUACGUACGGAAAGUUAGAUGUGUUGGUCAACAACGCCGGUAUUGGCGGACUGAAUCCAAUAAGUGAUCCUAAAUUUAUGUCAGCUUUCGAUAAGAUUAUGUCAGUUAAUGUACGGUCCUUUGUUCAGCUGAGUCAUCUGGCAAUACCUUAUUUAAUGAAAACUAACGGCACUAUUAUUAGUACAUCGAGCGCUUUGUCAAUGGCACCGGACAAAUAUCAAUUGCCUUACAUUGUAUCUAAAGCAGCCAUCGAUAUGAUGACCCGUGUGUUGGCACUAGAAUUGGGACCCAAUAUACGUGUCAAUACUAUUAAUCCCGGAUUGACUGAAACACCUAUUUUAGAUGUUAAAGGUGUAGAUCCGGCUGUAAUGCAAGCCUAUACUAAACUGGUUGUCGGACGCAUACCAUUGAAACGCAUUGGCCAACCCCAAGACAUAGCCAAGGGUGUGGUAUUUUUGGCCAGUGACCAGGCACAGUUUAUUACCGGUAUCAAUCUUGUUAUUGAUGGCGGAUUACAUUAUAAUUUGGGCGGAAUAUCAGAUAAUUUUUAA